AUGCCGCGUCCAAGGGACAACCUUUCGCCUCCCGACAAUGAAUCAACAGCCGAUCUCCGCAGACGGUUACUAGAUUCAUUGGCAUACAUCUGCGACAGUGAGAAGGGCGGUGACACAAUGACGGCAAUAUUUGUGUCAUCUCCGCCUCUCACGUAUCAUCUGGCCCGUAACAAAAAGCCCUCCGAUCCCGGCGAGGUGUUGGCUUUUCUCAAAUCCGUGCUCAACCAACUGGAGAAUGUCGACGAACAUGAUAGGGAUAGGAGUCAAAGUUUGCUUGCCGAAUGUAUUCAAUUUAGCGAGAAAAGGAUCAAAGCUUACAAAAGAAUGCUUCAGAUAAGAUUGAAGAUCUGCUUCGAAUUGGCAGCAGGAACCGAGAUUCGUCAACGGCUGCAAAAGAUUGCGCAAGUCCUCGAAGAGUCAGCCGAGUCGUAUGUUGACCUUUGCCGAAGAUGUUUCGCCAUGGUCAAAUCGCAGGAUAUGAGCAUCAUUACCGCACAAGCAAUUAGGAGUGAAGAUUACGGACAUGGUCGCAAUCCGUUUGCCGAGCUACGACAUUUUGUUGGCCGGAUAGGCAGCCACGUCCAGGUCGUAAAAGUGCUGUUGGUUGCGGCCAGACGCCUCCCAAUUCUGUUCAAAGACUUCGAGAUCGAAAUUGUCACUGGACCUACCUCUCCCGCGCCCAUUCCAAGAGCAAGGAAUCAACUGACGCUUUCUGGGAUCGCGAACCGCCUGGCCAGCAACGACGGAGAGCUGACGAAGGAGGUCCAAGGUCGCCUCGAGCUGUUGAACCAAGCCAUGGACCUAGAGCAGACUAUCCGAAAGGAAUAUUCAGAAAAAGGUCAGAAGCCACAGAUCCAUGCCGAGCUCAUUCUCCUGGAGCAUUAUUACCGCAACCGUGAGAUACUCCAGUUCUACGACAGCGAUCGUUACAUUGGCGCGAGCAAGCCAGCAUGCUACUGUUGUAGCUUGUACUUUCGCGAGCACCCCGGAGACCUUGCCCAACCGGCUUCCCACCAGAAGAUCUAUCUCAACUGGGUGCCACCGAUGAGUGCUUCGGAUGCCCAGGAGCAAAAUUCGGAGAGCGCGAUCCAUGAGAGGGCAAUGCUGAAUAGGAUGGUCAAAUCAAUUCGUACCACGGCCAUCGAACAACUGAGGCAACAAACAGGGCCCUCAAAACGCAUGCGGCAAUUCGACUCGAUCACAUGGGAGAGUCUGCCCAGAGGCUUGGAUCCUGCUAUUCUCGAUGCUGUCAGCCUUGGUAAACCUCCAGAUACAGUACCCAAAGCCAAGGGCAGGAAAAAUCCCAAGAAAGCUGAGACAGGUAUUUCAGAAUUGCUCACAGAGAAGAUGAGUAUCAGCGAUGGCGACGACACAGACGAUGAGGGCGGCGUAGCAUUGGUCACGAGGUAG